AUGCAGGUGGACAACUUCAACCAUGGGAGCCUCCAUUCUUGUCAGGGUCAUCGCGGGAUGGCCAACCACAAGCCCAACGUCAUCCUUCAGAUAGGGAAGUGCAGGGCUGAGAUGUUAGACCACGUGAGGAGAACCCACCGGCACCUCCUGACUGAGGUGUCCAAACAGGUGGAGCGAGAGCUGAAAAGCCUCCAGAAAUCGGUAGGGAAACUGGAGAACAAUCUGGAAGACCACGUUCCUUCAGCUGCGGAGAACCAGAGGUGGAAAAAAUCCAUCAAGGCUUGCCUGGCUAGAUGCCAGGAGACCAUAGGUCACCUGGAGAGGUGGGUCAAGAGGGAGAUUAAUGUCUGGAAGGAAGUAUUUUUCCGCUUGGAGAAAUGGGCUGACCGGUUGGAAUCUGGUGGGGGGAAAUACUACCCUAGUGACCAAAGCAGACAAACUGUCUCGGUAGGAGUAGGGGCCCCGGAAAUCCAACCCAGGAAAGAGGAGAUUUACGAUUAUGCCUUAGACAUGAGUCAGAUGUAUGCCCUGACCCCUCCUCCAAUGGGGGAAGACCCUAAUGUGCCUCAGUCCCACGACUCCUACCAGUGGAUCACUGUUUCAGAAGAUACCCCACCUUCCCCAGUCCAGAUUUUUGAGGAUCCCAAGGAAUUCCUGACUCAUCUGGAGGACUAUCUGAAGCAGGUGGGCGGGACGGAAGAUUAUUGGCUCUCGCAGAUCCAGAACCAUAUGAAUGGCCCUGCCAAAAAGUGGUGGGAGUACAAGCAGGACUCGGUCAAGAACUGGCUGGAGUUUAAGAAAGAGUUCCUCCAAUACAGCGAGGGUACUCUGACCAGGGAUGCCAUCAAACAGGAACUGGAUCUCCCCCAGAAAGAUGGGGAGCCCCUUGACCAGUUCCUCUGGCGCAAAAGGGACUUGUACCAGACCCUCUACAUAGAUGCUGAGGAGGAGGAGGUCAUUGAGUAUGUCGUAGGGACCCUCCAGCCCAAACUCAAGCGUUUCCUUAGCCACCCCUACCCCAAAACUUUAGAGCAGCUGAUCCAACGGGGCAAGGAAGUUGAGGGCAACCUAGAUCAUUCUGAGGAGCCCAGUCCCCAGAGGUCCCCCAAACACCAGUUAAGAGGAUCGUUGGAAAGUUUGCCGCCUUCUUCUACUGCCAGCCCUGUUGCUAGUGAUGAGACUCAUCCAGAUGUCUCCGCUCCACCAGUCACAGUGAUCUGA